GGCACAACUGGGGUCCGCCCGGUUCCUCCCCUGAGGGAUGCCGUCAGAGCCCGGCCGCUGCCAGCAGCGCCGCCUGCGCCGGGCCGCCCCUCACGGCCGGCUCGCACAUUGACCUGCAGCAGGGCCCGCGGGCACCCUGUUACGCACCGUGGUACUGAUACAGACCGGCCACCACCGCUCUGCCCGGCGCUACUGCCGCCUAGUUCGCUUCAGGGCUCUACACUGGGUUUCCCCACCGCAACCCUGUCCCUGGCAUCAGCCAGCAACGGCAGAGCAGAACGGGGCGGGGCAGCAGAACCAACCCCCCAGCAGCACCAGUACGCAGCGGGAGAGCUCGCCUCACCGCGCAGCGUGGAGCCCACGUAGUGAGAGCCGCCUUCCACCUCAGUACCCGCCAGAAACACACCGACCGCUCCCGCUGCCUCCCUCCGGGUCUGGCUUUGUAACAAACACCCCCGCGCAGCGCUCCACCCCAGGUCAAAGGACCCCGCGCCGCCUUAUGAUUGGCUGCGGAGAGAUCCGCCUUCUUUUUCUCGCUCGCUGUAAGGGAGGCCGCUGUCAAGAUGAAUGACACAGUGACCAUCAGAACCAGGAAGUUCAUGACAAACAGGCUUCUUCAGCGCAAGCAGAUGGUGAUUGAUGUUCUUCAUCCUGGGAAGGCCACAGUCCCUAAAACAGAAAUCAGGGAAAAGCUGGCAAAAAUGUACAAGACAACCCCUGAUGUAAUUUUCGUCUUUGGCUUCAGAACUCACUUUGGUGGUGGCAAGACAACCGGCUUUGGCAUGAUCUAUGAUUCCCUGGACUAUGCAAAGAAAAAUGAACCAAAGCACAGGCUUGCCAGGCAUGGUUUGUAUGAAAAGAAGAAGACUUCCAGGAAGCAGCGAAAGGAGCGUAAGAACAGAAUGAAGAAAGUGAGGGGCACAGCCAAGGCAAAUGUUGGUGCUGGCAAGAAGAAGUAAAUGAACAUACUUCAGAUGGAAAAUGGGUAACAGACUACAUUAUUCUGUGAAGAAUUACUCUGGAGUCUGUUCAUCUGGCUUUAACAUCAAAUAAACUAUGUCAAUACAAUGCUGGUUUGCCCUUUAAUUUUGAUUUGGAAGCUACCAUUUUGUAAAGUUUGAGAAAUUCAAGAUUGGUGCACUGCUGGCACUAUAUUAAAAUCUUUUCAUAAUUAAA